CAAAAAAAUUAUCGUAUUAAUUACACAAAAUUAAGGGAAAAAUGGGUUUUAGAAUUUAUUCAAUGAUCUCAAACACAAAACAAAUCCUUAAACUAAAUUAUUCAUCCAUAAAUAGAAACCAUGAGAAAUAUGUUCCAAAAGGGCACGUUGCUGUGUACGUUGGAGAAUAUGAUAAUAAUGAAAAGAUAAAGAGAUAUGUUGUGCCUUUGUCUUUCAUAAAUCAUCCUUCAUUCCAAGAUUUGCUUAAUCAAGCUGAAGAAAAGUUUGGGUAUAAUCAUCCUAUGGGUGGUCUUACUAUUCCAUGUAGUGAGAAAAUCUUCAAUGAUCUUACCACAAGAUUGAAUCAUGAUCUUUAGCAAGUCAAGUAAAUGUUGAAAUUGUAUGAUAUGUUAUAUAUUUUAUUAUCAGAUUUUGUAUUAUCUUUAGUUGAUGCAAAAUUAAUCUUUGUUUUUUAAUUUUUAGUUUUUCAUUUUUUAGCUUAUCGGUUAUUUAUGUUACGCUAUGGAAUUAUAAGCGUAACAAGAAAUUUUAUAUUGGUGUGUGUAUAUUUUUUACCAUCCCAAUUGUUAUUGGGUUGAUUUAUUGAUUAUUAUUAAUCAAUGUAUACUACUUUCUCUUUCUUGAAUUACUUUUUUG